AAUAUGACAUCUCCCGAAAGGAAUGCAUGACGGGGGGGUCUUGUUGAUUGACGUUAUCCUUGCUCAAUCAGAAUCCAUUAUACACAGUCUUUGGAGCAUUGUGCAAUGAGAAAACAGAGCAUGCUUUAACUGACUAGACGACUGACCAGUAACUUAACAAUAAACAUUCCCAAGCGGCGCAGUGCCAGUCCUGAAGCGAGGCGCUUUGUUACCUUAAAAGAAACUCGGAAAUACGUAAUAAGUGAACGUGUGCAAUGGUAUUAUUAUGCAGAUACAUCUUUUAUGAAAACGAUAUUUUGAUAAUGGAUAAUAUGGAAAACGUGUUUUUUGGAUAGAUUAUUUCAGAGCUUGAGAGACCAGCUUGUAUUAACUUAAACAAAACGGAAAGGGAAAUCGAUGGCCCUUGCUGUAAGAGAAACUGGUGCGCGUUUAGAGGUUCGGAUCUGAAGAUCGCGAGUUUAUUGCUAGUGCAAAGUUAUUUUUGUACUAUUAUCGUUAAAGAUAUAUAAGGAACCUCUUGUUAAUGUUGAGAUCCAAAAUGGCGGCUUGGUGGCUCGCUCCUCCAGUGAUCCUAGUAUUUGCGUCGGUCCUUUCUGCUCCGGGGCUCGCCUCCUCCUGCCCGCAUCCCUGCUCCUUUAGCGGCAGGGAGAAUGGCAUAAUGAUGCUGGAUUGUAGUAGGGGAAAACUGACAGAGGCGCCCUCUGCCCUACCAGACUGGAUAACAUACUUGAGCUUGAACUACAAUGAGUUGACAGCACUCCCCUUCUUUGGACAAUUAACUUGGAACAUAACAGUUUUGUCACUAGUUCAUAACAGAAUUGCAGAGAUCGUCACAGAUCACCUUCAGCCAUAUGUUUCUAUGGAUUCUUUGGACCUCAGCUCAAACCUGAUUUCACAAGUACAAGCAGCCUCAUUUCCACCAAUGCAGCUCAAAUAUUUAAAUUUAAGUAACAACAGAAUUACCACUUUGGAACCCGGAUGCUUUGAUAAUAUCUCUAGCUCCUUGGUGGUCCUGAAACUGAACAGAAACAGAAUCACUUUUCUCCCACUGAAGAUCUUUAAACUUCCUCACUUACAGUACUUGGAAUUAAAACGUAACAAAAUUAAGAUGAUCGAAAGCCUUACAUUCCAAGGUCUGGAUUCCUUGAAAUCUCUGAAGAUGCAGCGUAAUGGACUCAGCCAGCUUAUGGAUGGAGCCUUUUUCGGACUUAAUAAUAUGGAGGAGCUGGAACUGGAACACAAUAACCUGACGGAAGUGAACAAAGGCUGGCUCUAUGGGUUACGAAUGCUGCAUUUGCUCCAGGUUAGCCACAAUGCUAUUGGCAGGAUCAGCCCUGAUGCUUGGGAGUUCUGCGAGAAACUGUCUGAAUUAAAUGUAUCUUCUAAUCAUUUGACUCGCUUGGAUGCGACUGCUUUUUCUGGUCUUGGUUUGCUUGAGAAUUUGAACUUGGGGAACAAUGCUGUGAGCCACAUUGCGGAGGGUGUGUUCAGUGGUCUGCCCAACCUGCACCAUCUAGAUAUAAGAAAUAAUGACAUUUCUUGGGCUAUUGAAGAUUCGGUUGGAGUGUUUGUUGGGCUGGGCAAGUUGAACACACUAAUACUGCAAGGAAACAGGAUUAAAUCUGUGACAAGUAAAGCAUUUUCUGGUCUUGAGGCGCUAGAACAUCUGGACUUGACUAGAAAUGGAAUCAUGUCGAUUCACCCAAAUGCCUUUUCACAGAUGAACCUAAAAGAACUUCUGUUGAACACCAGUAGUUUGCUGUGUGACUGCAAUCUUAAAUGGUUGCCUCAGUGGCUGAUUGACAACAAAUUCCAGCAUUCUGUGAAUGCCAGCUGCACCCACCCUGCAUGGCACGCAGGACAGAGCAUUCUCAGUGUCGUCGUGGAGGAUCUGGUCUGCGAUGAUUUUCCUAAGCCCCAGAUCACUGCACAUCCUGAGACUACAGUGGCUCUCAAGGGAAUGAAUAUUACAUUCACUUGCAUUGCAGCAAGCAGCAGUGAUUCACCAAUGUCGGCAGCUUGGAGGAGAGACAGUGAAGUUUUGUAUGAUGCAGCAGUCCAAAACUUGGUCAGAUACAGGGAGCAAGAGGGAGCGCUCAUUGAGUACACCACUGUGCUGCAUCUUUUUAAUGUUAAUUUUACCGAUGAAGGCCGGUACCAGUGUGUUGUCAUGAAUCACUUUGGAUCCAAUUAUUCAGAAAGAGCAAAACUUACUGUGAACGAACUGCCCUCCUUUGUGAAAACGCCGAUGGACCUCACCAUUCGGACUGGGGCUAUGGCUCGCCUGGAGUGCGCAGCAGAGGGGCACCCCGCUCCUCAGAUCGCCUGGCAGAAAGACGGUGGCACAGACUUCCCAGCUGCGCGGGAGCGGCGCAUGCACGUCAUGCCAGAGGAUGAUGUGUUCUUCAUCGCAAAUGCCAAGAUUGAAGACAUGGGAGUCUACAGCUGCACAGCACAGAACCCAGCGGGAAGCACCCAUGCUAAUGCAACACUAACAGUUUUAGAAACUCCCUCUUUUGUCCGACCCUUGGAGGACCGAGUGGUAGCUAGAGGGGAGACGGCAGUGCUGCAGUGUAUAGCUGGCGGCAGCCCCCCUCCUCGACUGAACUGGACGAAGGAUGACGGCCCCUUGGUGCUUACGGAGCGGCACUUCUUUGCUGCAGCCAACCAGCUGCUGAUCAUUGUGGACACUGAUCCGGGGGAUGCUGGGAAAUACACUUGCAUCAUGUCAAACACGUUGGGUACAGAGCGGGGCCACAUCUUCUUAAACAUUGUUCCUUCUCCAAACUGUGACCCUGCUCAGGGCAGCAGUCCUUAUGAAGAGGAUGGAUGGACUACUGUGGGAAUCGUGAUCAUCGUGGUUGUGUGCUGCGUUGUGGGCACCUCUCUUGUCUGGGUUAUUGUCAUUUAUCACAUGAGAAGGAAAAAUGAAGAUUAUAGCAUUACUAACACAGAUGACAUGAAUUUGCCAGGUGACAUUCCCAGUUAUCUGUCCUCUCAAGGAACACUAUCAGAGCCUCAGGAGGUCUAUAGUAACUCUGAAGCCGGGAGUCACCAGCAGCUAAUGCCCCCUUCAUCUAAUGGCUAUGUCCACAAGGGAACAGAUGGUAUUUGUUAUGUGGGCUCUGGGAGUGAAGUGGAUAUGGAUGUCAACCCUUUUCUGGCCUCCAGCUUGCACAGCAGGAUGGGCUGCUUAUUCAGUGGGAGGACUGGCUUCCCGCCAGAGGAGUCGCAAGAAGGAUAUGUGCAGGCCAGCUCGGGUACUGAGCCGCUGGUCAUUUGUUCUGAUUGCUAUGACAAUGCCAACAUGUAUUCAAGGACCCGGGAGUACUGUCCAUAUGCCUACCUUAGUGAAGAGGACUGCUUACCUGCCCAUGCGCAUCAAGAGGACCCAGCCCUAGAUGGGUUAAUCGCAAACAAGGACAUGUCUGUAUUUCUGACCAACCAUGACAGGAUACAUCUAAAAGCUUCUUCUCAGAAGUGCAGCACUGAAAGCCAUUCCCGACCGUUGUGGGUGUUAAAUCAAGACACGGGACUUGUUUCACAUUCCAACUUCUCCCAGCAGCCAGUGAAUGUACCUGCAAACCCCUGUGCACGUGUUGGUAGAGAAGAUGAGGAGGAGGAGAUGGAGGAGGAGGGUGACCUUGAGUGCUCAGCACCCUCCAAACCAUUCCAGCAUGCAGCACAGGAGCACAGCUUUGAUUCCAACAGGACUCCUCAAAACAGACAGGAACCCUAAAGCUUCCAAAUAGAGCAGAAGCCGCCUCAUCUGAGGAAGUCACUACCUCCAAAUGACUACACUAAACGCCAAAAAAUGCAUAUGUGCGAGUUUACAUUUCAAGAAACAGUCCUGUUUCUUGUGCGAUGAAGCAUUUUAACAUAGAAAAGUUGAUACUUCAUUUAUUACUUGUGCCCUGUGUUAAGCAUUUUUGACCGAUUUUAGUAUUUAAUAGUUUUUGAAGUCAUUACUUGAGCUGUUGCCGCCUUAAUCAGCUUGGACUCAAGCACCCACACUGUACAUUAGAAAAUGUGAGAAAAGUAGCUUUCGCUCACCUGUGUUCCAGUGAGUUUUCAUUUACGUAAUGGUACUGCAGAAAUGCCUUGGUUACCUGGUGUAAAGCAGGGUUUAAUAAUGUGGUUCAGAAAGCACUACUGCUGUAGUGCCAGAGCUUCAGGAUGGUCUUUUGUAUUCAUGAUAAAAGGUCACUCAGAAAUGGAUAUAUUCUUAUUGCAAGCACAGCCCUCUUCAUUUUUCACUGUCAAAUCUGAGCUGUGCACACUUUUUCUUUAGCAAACUUCUGACCUAUAUAAACUUGCAUUCAUAUUUUUUAUAUGUAAACUUUAAAUGUAAAAUGUGUGUGUAUCUAUAUAUAUGUCAUUGUUUCAUGUGCUAAAUUAUAUUAAUUGAGUAUUGUGGUACUUUGUUAUCGUUUUCAUUUUUCAGUUUAUAAGUAUAACAUGGUGUAUUGAAAAUGAACAAUCAUGGAUUUUGGCCACAUACAAUUAACUUUUGCUUUGGAGAAAGGCAGGAACUUAAGCUGUCCCAGGUAUGAUCUUGUACUGUCCAUUCUAAAUGUUGAUGUCUGCUCUGCUAAGAAACUGGUCAUUCCUGCUGGUUGGGUUCUAAUCCUGUGUCUCCUGGGAUUUCUCUUAAGUGUUGUCAGAAUCUGGUAGAUGCACAGAAUCAAGUUGAGGACUCUUCAAUUAAAUGAAUUUGCACUUAUGAGAAGAAUAAUCUUCUUUAUAUUCAGUAGUACAUUUAUUGGCACUACCUUCAAAAAACAAAAUGAAAGUAAACAGAUUUAAUCAGAUCUUUCCAUAGGUCCACUGCAUACUUUCUUUAAACAUGCGCUGACUCGAGAGCGGCGAAGACGAACGCUGUCCUCCGAAGCGUGUGCCGUCGGCUUCUUUUCACACUGCAGUCUCACAACGCAGCUCCGGGCUGCUUACAGGCAAGCCCGCAGGCUGCUGGCCAGAUUACAGGGGUCACUGGUGUAGGGUGAGCCGAGGACACUGGCUAACCUAAACCCUGCCCCCAGGCGACGCUCGCCCAAUUGUGUGCCACCCCCUGGGAAUUCCCAUCCAUGGUUGGUAAUGGAAUAGCCUGGACUCGAACCAGCGACGUCCAGGAUAUAGGGUGCGUCCUGCAUUCCACGCGGAGCGCCUUUACUGGAUGUGGCGCUAGUUUUGUAUUUUUUUAAUUAUAAUAACUGCCUGCUGUCCCAGUCCAAGAUUUCCAUGAACUGCGUUGAUUAUCUUUUACAUGUAAAGAAUGCUUAAAUGAUGAGGACCUUCAUGCUUUGAAAGCUAAUACAGUAUUGAAAUACUGAUGUGACACAGUUCAGGUUCCACUCCAAAUUCACGUAGAACAGUUUAACGAUUUGAUUGAUUAAUCCGUUCAAUAUAGACUAUUGGUUGUUUAAGAAAUAUUAGUAAUUGUUUUUUAUAGAAUGUGGUUAACAACAAGUAUUGAAUUUGGAGAAUGUGUUUUCUCUAUUGCUGUCUUGCAUAUCAUUGGCAAAAAUAAUUUCUCAAAAUGUAAAUGUUUUGUUUGCACAAAUCUGGCCUUAAACUUGUUUUUGUUCUUUUUGUUGUCUUAAAAUAAGUAACUAUUUGGCCUUAAGUUGUAAUGCGGUGACAGUAUUUUGAUUUCAUGAUGCUUCCUUUUUAUACGGCAUGUGUUUCCCUGAACGUAUCGUCCUCAUGUUUGAGCUGUGGGAAUGAAAGCCCGUUGUGCAGUUUGGUAAAAGCUGGCCGUGUUUGGCAAUGGAUUAACAUUUCAAUCACGCCAGUCUUCAUGGUUGAUGUCAUACAGUAACAUGUUGAACAGGUCUGUUGAUGCACACAAUGGUCUAGCUUUCAGUGUGUAUUGCUUUGGGGCAAAAUGUUAUAUAACAUGAUAUCUAUUAUACUUUUUAUACUGCUAUGUUUGUACUGAUUGCAUAAAUACCAAAGUCUCAGCAUUUACGCUCUAUGCUGGAAAUAUUGAUAAAAUGCUGUCUUGCUGUAUCGUGUAACGGUUCCCUUUGCAGUAUGUGUUUAAAAUGCUGUCGACUAAAUGUACAUUCUGUAAAGCAUGUGUAAAAUAUGUUUGUUUCUUGUGAUAUAUAGUGACCUUGAAACAAUAAACUCAAAUCCCUUUUUCUGAA